CUUGUUUCUCUAUUAAGUUCUUGUGGUGUUGAAUGUUUUAUAUGUGGUCAUGUGUAUUUAAUGUUGUGUGUGGAGAAUAACCACAAUUAUUCAUUUAUAUACAUUUUUAACUGGUCAAUUCAUUAUUAUUACAUUUGUUUUAAAUGGCCAAUAAAUAUAUAAAAUAUCUGUUUUAAAAACAAAAGCAAACAUGCCUAAUAAACAUGUCUGCCUCAUUUUUCUUUUUUAAAGCUUUUAUUGCAUCCAUGUUCUUUUGUGCUGUAAAAUGACCUUUUGCUAUUGUGUAUUGUUUGUAUUUGGUGUUUUACUUAGUCUAACCUUUAUUUUUUUGUGUUUGUGUAAUAUCGUUUGUUGACCGUACGUUUUCUGGGAAAGAAAAAAUCUCAAGAACUGUGAUACACAAUAAAGGAUUGACAUGCCAUGUUUUCUAGAAAAUGUUUAUUUAUAAGUAAACAUCAAUAGCUUUUUUUUAAUAAAACAGCCUUUAAGCGUUGGUGAAGUAGCCAUUGUCCGUUUCUCAAUAUGCGGUCUGUUGUCCUCGUGUUCUCGCUCUACGUCAUCAAUAACCGUCAAAAUUCAGAUUAUGCACCCCCACAAUGGAUAGGGUGAGGAUUAGGUGUUAGGGGAGGGGUUAGGAUUAGCCAAUCCGGCAUCGUGUUUUUGAAGGAGGUGCAUAAUCUGGCAGGGGUGCAUUUCUCGGCACAACACCUGUACCAACAUUCCUCUCUACACUCGUCAAAAUAAAAGUUGGGAUUAAUUUAAAAUUAAAUUACUUCAAAUUACAAAAAUCUUCACAUCCUUAAAAACAGGUCUAACAUUAAACGAAUUCCAUGUUCUAUUUCUUUUACCUGUUCAUUUAUUUUUUGAUUAAACUACGUUGAGACUUUUAACUGUGACUUUGGAGUUUCCUUUAAAAGUUCUGUUCAAAUAAAUUACACGACAGGUAAUGACAACCUUCCUUUCAGUGAUUCAAAACAUUUUAGUGCACGUUCAAAGUCCACCGCAAUUGAAGUAACGUUACAUUUCUGCUUUUCUCAGCAGCGUUAAAAAUGGACUCAGCAUGGCAGAGGGUGGAAUCGAUGCAUCGCUGGAUUUUGGAGAAUGGGGAUAAACGCACAGACCCGUGGCUUCUGGUCUACUCUCCUGUGCCGAUCAUUUGUAUAUUUCUGUGCUAUCUUGUUGUUAUUUGGGUGGGACCCAAACUUAUGAAACACAGGGAGCCAGUAAACCUAAAGCCUGUACUUAUUGUGUAUAAUUUUUCCAUGGUUGGUUUGUCCGUUUAUAUGUUCCACGAGUUCUUGGUCACGUCUUUGCUGGCAAACUACAGUUAUCUCUGUCAACCUGUGGACUACACCCCCAGUACAUUGGGAAUGAGGAUGGCCAGUGUAUGCUGGUGGUUUUUCUUCUCUAAAGUCAUUGAGCUUGCUGAUACGGUCUUUUUCAUCUUAAGGAAAAAGAACAGCCAGCUCACAUUUCUACAUGUGUAUCAUCAUGGAACUAUGAUCUUCAACUGGUGGGCAGGAGUUAAAUAUGUGGCAGGAGGUCAAUCCUUUUUUAUCGGCCUGCUGAACACUUUUGUUCACAUUGUGAUGUAUUCUUACUAUGGCUUGGCAGCCCUGGGUCCUCACAUGCAGAAAUUUCUGUGGUGGAAGCGUUACCUUACCUCACUUCAGCUGGUCCAGUUUGUCCUGCUGACAGUUCACACAGGCUAUAACCUCUUCACUGAAUGUGACUUCCCUGACUCUAUGAACGCAGUUGUGUUUGCAUACUGCGUCACUCUCAUCAUUCUUUUUAGUAACUUUUACUACCAAAGCUACAUAACCAGGAAAAGCAAGAAGUCUUAACACACAUAAAAGGAAAUAAAUCAUCCAAUGUGGUAAAAAGAGUGCAUAUUGUUCAUUUUGCGGUCUUGUUUGAGCUUCAUAUGACUAGUGAUAAUUCAACUAAAAAUGGCCAUGGUUACUAAACCGAAACAUAAAAAUGGACAAUAACAAAGGAUAGUUAGGAUAAUUGUGUAAUAUGGUUUUAGGACUUUAGAUUUUAUGAAUAAGGUUAGAGAUUAAUGUAGAAUGUAAAGAUGACCUGUCCAAAUGCAAAGUUGUUACUCCUUUUUUGGAUCCGGUAACAGCUUUACAUUAUCAAUUUAAAAAACUUGAAAUUGUAAAUAAAAUGAAUCGUUUUUUUAACAUGACUCUUGGAUUAA